GGGUAAGAUGUCCGUUUCCCAGUUGAUGCUCUUUUUCUUCAACUAACCAGUAUUCUUUUCGGCCGUUUCAUCUACGAAAGAUAUCAUAUAUCACCUAUAUUGUUUCAUUUAUGUAUAAAUCAUCCCUGUGGCGAGGUCUCUUGGAUCGCUUCGAUUUGUGCAUUCUCCACUCACGCGACCGCGCUUUCAUUUUAUCGUCUCGGCGGGAGUUUAAAAUAUUUCUCAGAAGAAACGUCUUCAUCCGAUCCAGGGAACGAAGACAACCGCCGCCAACAAAACAAGUAACCACAGCAACAACAAAACAAUGCUUUAUAUAUUUAGAUAAUCAUUUGAAAAAAAAAACCAUAGGCCCACUGAUUCUAUCUUUCAUAUGUUUACAUAUCUUUUCUUCUUUUUUAUGCUGUACAACAAUUCCUUUCUUCAACAUGAUGUCUCAUGCAAUUUGUUUCUCAACCUUUGAUCGCUUGCGUCGCAAUUUUUUUUUUCCUUUUUUCUUUUUCUUUUUUUAUCAGGGACUGUUAUCCAAGACUUUUAGACGUCAUUCCCAUACCGUAAGCUCUUGCGACUUUAUUAUAUUUUAUUUCAUUUUACCUGUUUUUCUGGAAGAGGUGUGGCCACUAUUAUAACAGUUCCCGUGCCUUUUAAUAAGGCAAAGAAAAAGCAGGGAUAGG